CCAGCCGACAGGGCAGUCACAUUUUGACAUUUGACGAGUUUAGUUUAGAAACUUUAUCUGUGUGGAAUUUUCUUGAAUAUUCACAAGUUAAAUAUAAUUACUAAGUUAAGCAAAAGAAUUAUCUGGUAAAGGAAAGUGAAAUACGGCGUGUGAGAGUCAACUGAAGUGCAUAUAAGCUACAAUCACAUACACACGGCAGGUAGAAAAAUUAUUUCUGCAAUUGAACGAAGGUAUUGACGAAAAAGGCGUUCAGAAAUUAUAUAAUAAAACAAUACUUCAUGGAAGAUGCAAAAAUCUGUGAAUUACAGUAAAAUACAAGAAAAUUUCUUCGGACAUUAUUAAAUACUCAUACAUUUAGGGAUUGUUUUAAUUUUUCUGUCUGAGUUGACGGGUCGAUGAAAUUUCAUCAUCACCGCAGAGGCAGAGCCGAACGCAAAAUACAGUCGUGAGCAAAGAAAAAAAAAAACAAAAUCGAGAGGACUUUUUCAUACAUACCCGAAGUAAAAAAAUCUCAGCAAUUAUUCACACCACGGGAAGAUGUUUAGCAGUCAUAUUACAGCAAAAAUAACUAUUCCACUGAAAGGCCAAAACAAGAGCUUUUUAGUUAAUAAAAGCGACGCCAGCUGUAUCCUCAGUUCGCAACAAAAUAAAUCGAGUAGUUUAGCAGAGCAGUUACGCACCAAGAACAAGGAGUUCCUGUGAUCAAAUGCACAAUCGCAUAUAUAAGUAAUUUAAUAGUAUCUAUUAGAUAGUUUGACGUUUGCAACCUUUAGAAAAGAAUGCUGCGGGAACAGCAAAAACGCCAAAGAACUACAAAUUUGUUAGAAAACUAAGAGAUCAUCCUACUUUAGAAAUAAACGCGUGAAUGGAAAAGAACUGAUUGCAGAUUGGUUGAACAAAAAAAAAAAAAAAAAACAGCAGCGCUACAAUAUUUGGAUUAAGAAUUCAUGAAAAAUAAUACAUAAAAUUUCAAGUCAUAUAGCAACCAAAAAGGCGAAUUACAGUGGUCGCAUAUAAAAAGUAAUAAGGGAGCAUUUACGUAGUGCGUGUAAUAUAUCGAUCGUAAUUAGCUGUACGAGUGUCCAAAAGUGGACAAGAAAAAAGACAAAAUUGCCGAAAGCACAAAGGAACCACGAUUUGGUGCAACAACUGUGUCGGAGAAAUCGGAAGACAAGAAGGAAACUACAAAAAUGACUGCAAUCAAUUCAAAGUCGACCAAAUUUGGAGGCAAAUUAAAUUUAACCUCCCAUGUGAAGUAUGAGCAUUUAUUAGCGGGCAUUUCGGGUGGCGUAACAUCGACACUAAUAUUGCAUCCACUAGAUUUGAUAAAAAUUCGUUUUGCUGUGAACGAUGGGCGCACAACAACAGUGCCGCAAUAUAACAGCUUGAGCAGCGCAUUCUCGACUAUUUUCCGACAGGAAGGCUUUCGUGGGCUCUACAAGGGUGUUACACCCAACAUCUGGGGCUCAGGUUCCGCUUGGGGUUUCUACUUCAUGUUCUACAACACAAUUAAAACUUUCAUUCAGGGCGGCAAUACGACACAGCCAUUGGGCCCCACUUUGCAUAUGUUGGCCGCUGCCGAAUCUGGUGUGCUCACUCUGAUGCUUACAAACCCCAUUUGGGUGGUAAAGACUCGUUUAUGCUUGCAAUAUGGCGCCGAGACUUCAAGUAAUAAGGCGAUUGAAUAUCGCGGUAUGGUGGAUGCGCUGGCGCAGAUCUACCGUAAUGAGGGCAUUCGUGGAUUGUAUAGGGGCUUCAUCCCCGGCAUGUUUGGUGUGUCACAUGGAGCUUUGCAGUUUAUGACCUAUGAAGAGAUGAAGAACCAUUACAACACAUACCGUAAAUUGCCGAUUGAUACCAAAUUGGCCACUUCGGAGUAUUUAGCAUUCGCUGCCAUAUCGAAGCUGAUCGCUGCUGCAGCUACAUAUCCCUAUCAGGUGAUACGUGCACGCCUGCAGGAUCACCAUCUUAACUACAACGGUUCAUGGGAUUGUAUUAAGCAAACAUGGAGAUUUGAGGGCCCGCGUGGCUUUUACAAGGGCAUGCAAGCCAGUUUGACGCGUGUGGUGCCAGCAACUAUGAUAACAUUUGUCAUGUACGAGAAUGUGUCGCAUUAUUUGCUGCAUAGGUCCAAGACCAUCGAUAUAUGAGAUCUCAGCAACCAUGAAGAAGAAGAAAAAAGACGAACAGCAGCCAAAGAAUGAACAAAUUCCUACGCUUUAAAUGGCUUUAAGUGGCUUUAAAUGGCGUUAAGUGGCUUUAAAUAUACUUGUGUUUAUCAGUUUUUAGUUAUAUUUGCGUAUUAUUACCUAAAAUAAGUUCAUUAGCUUAAACAAUCUUUGCAUAUAUUCCACUAUCAUUUACUAAUUUUAAGCGCAUAUUCCAUACCGACGUCGUCGCCGUACAAUGUGCCCGAUUGGCCUGGACCGAUUGCCCGUUAAAAAUUGUAGUUACGUUUUCUUAAAUUUUUCUUUGUGUGAUUUACACAAGGUUUGUUUUUUUCUUUGCUUUUUUUGUUUUUGGUUUGUUUGCUAAACUAACAAACCAUGCCAUUGCCUUACGCU